AUGCUGUAUCCACACCCGAUCAACAUCGACAAACGCACGGACGACGAUGACGGCUGCGACGCGAUACCAAUCUUCACGCCGGUGCUACCACCGCGCCUCCCGAGUACUUCCCAUGCUUCACACGUCAAAUGGCGCAAAGAACGCCGCGAGUAUGAGGAGUCCGUCCGUAACCGUGCUAAGGGCGGUGCUGAGGACAAAAUCGUCCCCAUUAGGACGACUUUCGACGAGGGUCUGCUUCCGAUGUGGUGUCGCCUACGUUGGCAGAUUUCGAUCGACGACGCCACAGAUGAAGUGAUUUUAACCGAGAUUGACAAGAUUAUCUCCAGUGUCAAGAACAACAACGUUCCUGAUGUGGAUGAUGAAAUGCGUGAAAUGCUGUGCAUGGACCUAUCUGAAAGUGAUCAAUUCUUCACUGGGGACGACGGUAAACAACAGCUUUACCGUGUCCUCAUUGCCUCGUUAGAGCCUCGAGCUCUGCGAGAAGAAGUGGAACGUACAGUACGUUUCAAGGCUUGA